AUGUGUUGUGGCCAGGUUUCCAAUAUCAUAUACCUUGAUUCGCCUAUUGGUGUGGGAUUCUCUUAUUCGAAAAACAAGUCUGAUUAUGAUCAAACUAGUGAUACAAAAACCGCUUCUGAUUCUCACAAUUUCCUUAUCGAGGGAUAUUUGGUGGGAAAUGGAGUUACUGAUCCUGUGUUCGAUGGUAACGGUAUGGUCCCAUCCGUGCAUGGGAUGGGGCUCAUCUCAGAUGAACUCUUUGAGGAGACUGAAGCGGCAUGCAAAGGAAAGUACUAUGAUGAUAACGGAACAUAUAUGAGUGAUGAAUGCAGUCACAAGGUUGGAAAAGUGAUAGAUGCUCUGGGGUUAAUAGACCCAUCUAACAUUCUAGAACCAUGCGACGUCCAAAGAUCAUCUAUGUCCCACAUUGCCAUCGGAUCUCUGCCAGUGAGAAGAAAAAUGUUUAGACGCGAGUGGCCACUAGGCAUACUCCCUAGUUGUGGAUAUCAUGAUAGAAUUGUACCAUAUACUGGCUCUGAAGCAUGGACUAACUCAAUGGGAUACAAAGUGGUUGAUGAAUGGAGGCAAUGGAUGUCAAAUGACCAAGUUGCCGGGUAUACACACGGGGUGCAGGACAUUCCGUUCCAGAAGCCAAACCUCGUGAAGCAUUGGACUUCUAUAGACGCUUUCUGGCUGGAGAAAAGAUUAAGACAUCCCUCAUGUUUGAAAGCUGGAGUAGAUCAAUUGUUGGAACGACUUCAACAUGAGGAAUCUGACAUCGCUGGCUGUGGAGCAACAAUAGGAAAGGGACAGAGUGAAGCUUAUGGAGCUGGUCGAGGUUGUCCAAAAGUAGGAAUGUUAAUACGGGCUUAA